AUGAGAGUCAGAAAGAAGCAAUCCAAGAGAACUUCUACCCGUAUGAAAGAGGGUAUCAAGAAGAAGGCAGCUGCUCAAAAUAGAAAAGAAAGAAAGUUAGCUAAAAAGGAUGUGACUUGGAAGUCCAGAGGAAAAAAGGAUCCUGGUAUUCCAGCUAACUUCCCUUACAAAAACAAAAUUAUUGAAGAGAUUGAAGCUAAGAAGAUGAAGGAUUUAGAAGAAAAAGAACUUGCUAAACAACAGAGGUUAGAAGCUAAGAAAUUGGCACUGGAGCAAGGUGAAACGAUUAUGGAAGAUGGUAUGGAGGAGGAUGACGGUCAGAAUGGGUUGGCAGCUUUGGUUGCAUCUGCUCAAGAAGCAGCAUCUAAGUAUGAUGGACACAGUAAUUUCGACGAACCUGAAGAAGAGUUGGACGUUGUUGAUUAUAACAUUGAUUUUUAUAAUGACAAUGAUGAAGGUAAUACUGAAUUGGAGAAGUCAAGAAAGGCUUAUGAUAAGAUAUUUAAAACAGUUGUGGAUGCAUCUGAUGUUAUUCUUUAUGUUUUGGACGCUAGAGAUCCAGAAGGAACUAGAUCUAGAAGAGUUGAACAAGCCGUUUUACAAAGUCAAGGUAAAAGAUUGAUUUUGAUUUUAAAUAAAGUUGAUUUGAUUCCUCCUCAUGUAUUAGAACAGUGGCUAAAUGUCUUGAAGUCUAGUUUCCCAACU